UUUUUUAUAAUUAAAUUUCUUAUAUAAUAUUUAUAUUUAUAUAUUUUUAUAUAAUUAAUUAUAUUUUUAGUUUGGCAUGUAAAGAAUCGCUGUAACUAAAUAUAUUGAUUUUAUAUUGUAUGUUUCACUUUUGUUAUCAAGUAUAUAAUCUCUUAUUACUAUAGUUUGAUAAUGAGUAUGUAAAUUAUUAUAAAAUUAAAAAUAAAGUUUCUUAUUGUAUAAGAAUAUAUGUCAUUAUGCCAGAAAAUAAAGAAAAAGAAGAAGAAAAACCUGUUGUUGCAAAAACAGCAAUUGAUUUACAACGAUUAAAACUUCAAAAAUUGAUGAAAAAUCCGGAAAAACCUAUUAUAUUACCAGAACGACCUAAAGCUAAAAGUACACCUACAGUACCAGAAUUUGUCCGUAAUGUAAUGGGUAGUAGUGCUGGUGCUGGUAGUGGAGAAUUUCAUGUAUAUAGACAUUUAAGACGUAAAGAAUAUGCACGACAAAAAUUUAUUCAAGAAAAGGGGCAUAAGGAACUUUUAGAUGCAGAAUACCAUAAAAAAAUUGAAGAAAAUAAAAGAAUAGCUAAGGAAAUAACUGCAAAAAAAAGAGCAAAAAUUAAAAAAAAACAAAAAUGGAAACAAAACAAAAAGAUAAAAAUUACAAAUAUAGAACAUAGCAAGAAUGAAAAUAAUAUAUAUUCUUCAGAAGAAGAAAAUUUAAAUGAACAGAAAUUAAAUACUAAAAAUGAUAAAAUAAUUAAGAAUACAUUAAGUUCAAAAGAUUUUAGUCAAUCUGAACAAUCAAAUUCUAUUGCAAAUACAAAUAAAAAUAAAGUUAGUAAUACAGAAUAUAUAGAUAUAAAUGUAAACAAUUCAGCUUCUUAAUAAAAAUAAAUAGGAUUUGGAUUAAAGCAGUAAUUAUA